GCUUUGGGGUGGGGAGGGGGGAAGCUGCUGCUGCUGCUGCUGGUGGCAGCGUUUCCUCCUGCUGGAAGAUGAUGAAUACAUGAGAGAAGCUCUGAGCCUGCUCCUGUGCUGCGGGAGUGUCUCUCCUUCCCUCCCUCUUUCUGCUCCUGUGUGAGUGUUUGGCUCCCCGGCUGUAUCUGCGUGCUCACUGUGUAUAUAUAUCUGAGCUGGGAGGCGAUUGCCAGAUCCUCUCGGCAGCGCUGCUCUGUGCAGGAAGGGCUCGGCUGCAGUGGUAGCAUCAACAGCAGCGUUAGCAGCACCAACAGCUUUUAUCCGCCUUUCUCCCUUCCCGUCAGCUCCAGCUCCCUUUCCCUCCCUCCCCCCGUGUCGUUUUGGGGAUUGCUUUUUAAUUGUUUUCUCUUCUACAGUCCUUUGUAUUUGAUACUUUGUGAGGUUUGUUUGUGUUUGUUAUUUUUUGUUUCCUUUUCAGGUUUUGUUUUGGUUUGUAGGGGAAUUUUUUGGGGGGUUCGGGGUUUUUUUUGGCUUUUGUGGGUUUUUGGUUUUUUUAGCCCCCAUUCCUCUGAGAAGAAGCACAGACAUACACGCAAACACAGAGAGAAAAGUACCGGGACUUAUAUUGCUGCUGCAAGCCCACAGACAGCAGACGAAGAGGGGGGCUGGCUUCUACCCCAAGGUAAAGCCCUGCCCCUUUUACCUCCUCGCCACCACCUCCUCCAAGAAAGAGAAGAGGAGAGAGAGAGAAGGGGCCGAAGUGGAGAAAAGCAGGUCUUCUGCGGCUGGCAUUUGGAGUACAGGGAGCCAGGAAGUGAAGGAUGGUUGUGGUUACCCGAGCUGGCUGCAGGGCAGCUCUGUUCCUCUGGAUUUUCAGCAGCAUCAGCUGCAGAGCCAGGACUGCUCUACCUGCAUCUCAAAAGUGUGAUGAACCUCUCAUCUCAGCAUUAUCCCACUCUUCCUUCAGCAGUUCAUCAUCCAUGGCAAGCAGCUAUGUGCCAGGGUAUGCCAAGUUAAACAAGAGAGGAGGUGCAGGAGGUUGGUCUCCAUCAGACAGUGAUCACUACCAGUGGCUGCAGGUGGAUUUUGGGAGCAGGAAGCAGAUUAGUGCGAUUGCAACUCAAGGCAGAUACAGCAGUUCUGACUGGGUCACCCAGUAUCGGAUGCUCUACAGUGACACAGGGAGAAACUGGAAACCAUACCACCAAGAUGGAAAUAUCUGGGCGUUUCCUGGAAAUACAAACUCUGACAGUGUGGUCCGGCAUGAUUUACAGCAUGCAGUUAUUGCUCGCUACGUACGCGUAGUUCCUUUGGACUGGAACGGAGAGGGACACAUUGGCUUAAGAAUUGAAGUCUACGGCUGCUCCUAUUGGGCUGAUGUUAUCAAUUUUGAUGGCCACGUCGUGUUACCAUACAGAUUCAGGAACAAGAAAAUGAAAACACUGAAAGAUGUCAUCUCUCUGAAAUUUAAGACCUCUGAAAGUGAAGGUGUAAUCUUCCAUGGAGAAGGACAGCAAGGAGACUAUAUCACCUUGGAACUGAAGAAAGCCAAACUUGUUCUAAAUUUAAAUUUAGGCAGCAACCAGCUUGGCUCCAUAUACGGUCACACUUCUGUGAUGACAGGCAGCCUCUUGGACGAUCACCACUGGCACUCCAUCCUCAUAGAGCGCCACGGGAGAAACAUCAAUCUCACCCUGGACAGACACAUGCAGCACUUCAGAACCAAUGGAGAAUUUGAUUACCUGGACCUGGAUUAUGAGAUUACCUUUGGAGGCAUGCCUUUUUCUGGAAAGCCAAGUUCUAACAGUAGGAAGAAUUUCAAAGGCUGCAUGGAGAGCAUCAACUACAAUGGCAAUAAUAUCACUGACCUUGCCAAGAGGAAGAAAUUGGAACCUUCUAAUGUGGGAAAUCUAAGUUUUUCUUGUGUGGAGCCACAUACAGUGCCUGUCUUUUUCAAUGCCACCAGUUACCUUGAAGUUCCUGGUCGACCGAGCCAGGAUCUGUUCUCAGUCAGUUUCCUGUUCCGCACUUGGAACCCCAAUGGACUUCUUGUCUUCAGCAACUUUGCAGAUGACCUGGGGAAUGUUGAGAUUGACAUAAAUGAGGGCAAAGUCAGUGUCCACAUCAAUGUCACCCAAGUGAAGAAGAACCGAAUAGACAUCUCAUCAGGCUCUGGUCUCAAUGAUGGGCAGUGGCAUGAAGUCCGGUUCUUAGCUAAGGAAAAUUUUGCUGUCCUCACUAUUGACGGUGAUGAAGCUUCAGCUGUUCGAACAAACAGUCCUCUGCAAGUGAAGACUGGAGAGAGAUAUUUCUUUGGAGGACUGCCUGUACAGAUGAACGACUCAGAGCACUCCCUGUCUCAGCAUUCGUUUCAAGGAUGCAUGCAGUUUAUUCACGUGGAUGAUCAGCUGGUGGAUCUGCAUGCAAUGGAGCAAGGCCAGCUGAGAAGCUUUGCCAACGUCACCAUUGACAUGUGUGCCAUUAUUGACAGGUGUGUGCCCAAUCACUGUGAACAUGGUGGCAAAUGCACCCAGACGUGGGACAGCUUCAGGUGCAAUUGUGAUGGAACUGGAUACAGUGGUGCCACUUGCCAUAACUCUAUUUAUGAACUCUCUUGCGAAGCCUACAAACACUUGGGCAAAACUUCAAAUUACUACUGGAUAGAUCCAGAUGGCAGUGGGGCUCUGGGACCUUUGAAAGUUUACUGCAACAUGACAGAGGAUAAAGUAUGGACAACUGUGUACCAUGACCUACAAAUGCAGACUUCUGUGGGAGGCAGCAGCCCAGAGAAGAUGUCUGUGCUGCAGCUCAACUACAGCGCCACGAUGGACCAGAUCUCUGCCAUCACCAGUAGUGCUGAGUACUGCGAGCAGUUUAUCUCCUACUCGUGCAAGAUGUCCCGGCUGCUGAACACACCAGAAGGAAAUCCCUAUACCUGGUGGGUUGGAAAAGCCAAUGAGAAGCACUACUAUUGGGGCGGAUCGGGACCUGGCAUUCAAAAAUGUGCCUGCGGCAUCGAACGCAACUGUACUGACCCCAAGUACUACUGCAACUGCGAUGCUGACUAUAAGCAAUGGAGAAAAGACACUGGGAUGUUGUCAUACAAAGAGCACCUGCCAGUGAGUCAGGUAGUGGUUGGAGACGUCGACCGGCCUGGAUCGGAAGCCAAGAUAUCUGUGGGUCCUGUGCGCUGCCAAGGAGAUCGAAAUUACUGGAAUGCAGCUUCUUUUGUUACUUCAUCAUCCUACCUUCACUUCUCCACCUUCCAAGGGGAAACCAGUGCAGACAUCUCCUUCUAUUUCAAGACGUCGGCCUCUGAUGGCGUGUUUCUUGAGAACCUGGGGAACACUGACUUCAUCAAACUGGAGCUGAAAUCUGCUGUGGAGGUUUCCUUUUCGUUUGACGUUGGAAAUGGGCCUGUGGAAAUCGUCGUUAGAUCUCCCAGCCAGCUGAAUGAUGACCAGUGGCACCGAGUCAACGCCGAGAGGAACGUCAAACAGGCCAGCCUGCAGGUAGACCAGUUACCCGUGGAGAUCCAGAAAGCACCCACCGAAGGACACACGCGCCUCGAGCUGUACAGCCAGCUCUAUGUUGGUGCUGCAGGAGGCCAGCGAGGGUUCCUGGGUUGCAUUCGUUCGCUGAGGAUGAAUGGGGUGACGCUGGACCUGGAAGAGAGAGCCAAAGUGACGCCCGGGGUGAAGCCUGGCUGCUCUGGCCACUGCACGAGCUACGGCAUGUACUGCGCCAACGGCGGCAAGUGCGUCGAGAAGUACAACGGCUACUCCUGCGACUGCUCCGCAACUGCCUACGACGGACCCUUCUGCAUCAAAGAUGUUGGAGCAUUUUUCGAAGAGGGAAUGUGGCUUCGUUACAACUUCCACUCCCCAGGGACUAGCAUGAAGGAUUUGGUCAGCCGAACACUCUUGAGUUCUUCAGAUGCUGAGAUCACUGUGCCUGACCUCAACUUGAAUAAAGAAGAGCUCAGCUUCAGCUUCAGUACCACCAAGUCCCCCUGUGUCUUACUGUAUGUCAGCUCCUACACCCCAGACUUCAUGGCUGUACUCGUCAAGCCAUCUGGCAGCCUGCAAAUUCGGUACAGCCUAGGAGGCACCAAAGAGCCAUACAACAUCGACGUCGACCACAGAAACAUGGCCAAUGGACAGCCCCAUACUGUAAACGUCACGCGGGACGGUCGGGACAUCGUGCUGCAGCUUGAUCACUAUCCUCCAACAAGUUACAGCCUGCCAGCAGCCUCUGACAUUCAGUUCAAUUCCCCAAAGGCUCUGUUCCUAGGAAAAGUUAUAGAAAUUGGGAAGAUUGACCAAGAUAUAUAUAAAUACAACACCCCAGGAUUCACUGGCUGCCUAUCCAGAGUGCAGUUCAACCAAAUUGCUCCGCUCAAAGCAGCUCUGAGACCUACCAACGCCUCCUCUCACGUCCACAUCCAAGGAGAACUGGUGGAAUCCAACUGUGGAGCAUCUCCACUCACCAUCCCACCAAUGUCGGCUGCCACGGACCCAUGGCACUUAGACUCAGCCAGUGCUGAUUUCCCGUACAACGGCCAAGCUAUAGGAGAUGGAGUGAACAGAAACUCUGCCAUUAUUGGAGGUGUCAUCGCCGUGGUGAUCUUCACCAUCCUCUGCACCUUGGUGUUCCUGAUCCGCUACAUGUUCCGUCACAAGGGAACCUACCACACCAACGAGGCCAAAGGGGCAGAGUCAGCCGAGAGCGCCGACGCCGCCAUCAUGAACAAUGAUCCCAACUUCACGGAGACCAUCGACGAGAGCAAAAAGGAAUGGCUUAUCUAAGCCCAGAGGGACGGGGCCUGGGGUGGGGUAUGAGCUGGGCCAGGGUGGGACUGGGCUGACUCUUGCAGUGGGGAGAGAACACUCUGCGUCGGACACUCGAGCACACCUACGGUACAAAGAUCAGCACAACGCGAGGAGCGAGCGACAGGAAAACACCACCGAGACUGGAGGAGGAAAAACUAACCAGAAUAUCUCAAGCAUUAAAACACACCCAACAACUCACUUUUUAAUAUUCAUUUGCAGCAGUUUGCCCCUUCCACAUCCCAACAACCAAGAGCAGUUUGGCAGCUUCAGCCUUGGUUAAGAUUUUCAGUCAUAGCUGUCUGUUUCUGUGUGUGUUUAGAGCUGUUCCGGGUAGCUGCGACAAGGCACGGGGCUGGUUUCUUCUCUUUUCUAUGAGCUAUUUCAAGUGUGGGUAACUCUGUCCUGACAACAAGUAGCAGACCUUUCGUCCCACACUUGGGUUCCUUUAUGGCUGGUCACUUCUCCACAGGCUGUCCUCAGCUUUGACCCUAUCACCAUCGGCUUUGGUGGCAUCAAAGUGGGGACUCAGGGCUGGGGGUGGGACGGGAGGGUGAGGAUCAAUGCAAAUCUGACUCAGCAGUUUUUCUGUGUGUCAUCAGCCCAUGCCCACCCUGGCAGGAUCCAUCUUCUUGACCCAGGCACUUUGUGGAUUAUGUACAACUCUCAUCAGCAAUGUCAAAUUACUGUUAUUACCACUACUGCUACUACUGCUACCAGAGGGGAAAGCACAGGAAGCUUUGGAGGGUUUUUUAAUCAUUAUUAGUAGUAUUUUUGUUAGUCUCUGUGGAGGGAUGAUGCUGUGUGAGUCUCUAGACCUGGUCUGUUCCUGUGUCUUUGGCUGUGGCACUGGUAACCUGAGGCAUGUGCUAGUUUAAACUCAGCUCUGCCUGUGGCAUUUUGAGCAACCUGCUCUAGCAGGAGGUGUCCUGCCCAUGGCAGGGGGUUGGAAAGAGAUGAUCUUUAAGGCCCUUUCCAACCCAAACCAUCCUUAUAAUUUUAUGAUUCUAUGUUUUUUGCAUAUACUGUACUUAGGCAUAAACAUCCUAGCAGGGAAUUACAGCCAGACUUUGCUUCUGUUUCUUUUUUAAUAGGCUGUUGCAGAAAUAUUAGUACAGCUCUAGUCAAUGUGUUUGAACCCACAGGCUUCACUUUUGCCCCAACUCUAGCACAGCAACUUCUUCUUUAAACCCUUUUUUUUCUCCAGUCCCUUUGCAAGGAAUGACUCUGCUGGCAGCAUUCCCACAGGCAGGAAGGUGAAGUGAAGGGGGCUGGGAAACUCUGCCCAAGGAGCACUUCUCAACGCACAGAAGUAUCUGAGCUACUUUUCUGGGGUUGUAAGGCAUUUUUAAGAAGAGCAAGGUCAAUGCCAAGUGCAGCACCAUGCCCCACGUCCCCUCUCAGACCAGGGAAGCCACAGGUUCACCCAAGAAGCAGGCAGGCAGCCUGUAGGAAAGGCGAAAGGACAACUUAAAGCCCUAAUAUCCUUUGAAUGCAAUAACAGAGCUUAGCUUUCCUUCUGUAGAGGAGUGUGGCCCUCCAGUGGUCUGAUUGGAAAGGAAUUUAAGGCCUUGAUGGGCAGGUCUUGCAGUGGAACAGAAUGAAGGAACAAAUGUACUGCAGGGCAUUUGCUACCUGCUAAAAGAAACAACCCUGAGAAUUUCCCAUUAAAGGUAUUUAUGUUUGU